ACUUUCAGUUAGGUUAUUUCCACAGCCAGGCACAGGCAGACGGAUCUUUCCAUUCUCUUAUUUGAGUACGAAAGAUUCAGAAUUAGACCAAAUAUGAAGUCGAUUCUGUCAAUCGUUGUACUUGGGCUCAUUUACAGCGCUGUGGAGUCCAAAGAAUCUCCCCCCAAAGUGCAGGUCUACAGCCGUAACCCUGGCAACUUUGGCGAUAAGAACACCCUGAUCUGUCACGUGAGUGGCUUCCACCCCCCUGACAUCAGCAUCCAGCUCCUGAAGAACGGUGUGGAGAUCCCCGACGCCAAGCAGACAGACCUGGCCUUCGAACAGGGAUGGCAGUUCCACCUCACCAAGAGUGUUGGAUUCACACCAGCCAGCGGAGAGGAGUACACCUGCAGAGUCCGUCACCUGAGGAAUCUGAAGACCUACACCUGGGAGGCAGAUAUGUAAGGAUCUGGAGCAGGACUUAAUGGUUGGCGGCCAUUCCAUCUGGGGUGUCCAAUCCGUGCCAGCCCUAAACUAGAGCUGAGAUGACAAACUUGGGCUUUUGUUUUCAUUUUUGGUUACACUUUGUGCGACGGUGCCAGUUUCAAGGGUUUUGAAUUGACAAUCAUUACUAAACACUUACACACAAAAUUGUUAGAUUUUCGGCAAGCUAUUUUUAAUUGACAAAUGGCACAGCUUCUGAUGAGCAUUCUCUUUAAAAACAAAGGCUUUAUCAAGUAUUUUAUUUUUAGAUUUUUAAAAACACUUUUAAUUUCCUUGAAAUUGGUACCAUUAGAUUUGAACACUUUUUCUCAAAAUGGAAAUAAAUAAACAAACUCCAUAACUUGCACUAUUUGAAUGUGGUUUUAGCUAUAAGCAACWGUGUAAUGUAAAGUCUGAUAUUUGAUCAGCAUUUAAAUAAAUAAACAAAAAAAGUGCCCAAAUUAUUUUAGAGGAAGCCCAUGUGAUAUGUAUUUGUGUGACCUGUAAAUAUCAACCUUUGUUUUGGUUUGAAGUCAUUUAUCAAUAUAACACCUAAUCUUCUGUCUAUCCUUCAACAUUCCUGUAAAUGACCAAUUAUCAACAGUAAUAAAUGGGGUCUUUUUGGGGCACAUUUUCCUAAGUAGAGAACUGUAUUUUCAUUACUUAAAAAA